AGUGGAAUGAAAUUACGAAAUAUUUCCGAGCAGGCAUGCCAUUAAGGAAGCACAGGCAACAUUUCAAAAAACAUGGAAGCUGUUUUACUGCAUCAGAAGCUGUAGACUGGCUCCAUGAAGUAUUAAGGAAUAACAGUAACUUUGGUCCUGAAGUUACUAGGCAGCAGACUGUUCAGUUAUUAAGAAAGUUUCUCAAGAAUCAUGUAAUUGAAGAUAUAAAAGGGAGAUGGGGAUCUGAAAACUUAGAAGACAACGGUGUGCUGUACAGAUUUCCCUCAACAUCUCCAGUUAAACCUCUACCAACCUCAUGUCCGCCAAAAGAGAACCUGGAAAACUUCUCUAGAGACAAAGAAAGACUUUUUAAACUGCCACAUUUAUCCAGGAGAACUUUUAAAAAACAUGAGUUGCUACAGUCUCUGGAGAACUUAGAAAAAGCAAAACUUGAUGUAAUAGAAGAAAACAAGGAAGACACACUGCAUAGGAAGGAAAUAAGCCAGGAAUAUGUGCAAGAAACUUGGAGAAAUAUCAUUCUAAUACAUUUGCAAACCAUUUUAGGCCUCCCAUCUUUGGAUGAAGUUUUGCAGCCAACACAGAUAAUUCCUGAGUAUGUCAUAUACAACAUGACUAACACGAGCAAACAUGGUGUUGUUAUUUUGCAGAAUAAAUCAGAAGACCUCCCUCACUGGGUGUUGUCAGCUAUGAAAUGCCUCGCAUACUGGCCUAGAAAUAAUGACAUGAGCCAACCAACUUACAGUGGCUUUGAACGGGAUGUAUUCAGAACGGUUGCUGAUUACUUCCUCAAUCUCCCUGAACCAUUACUUACUUUUGAAUACUAUGAACUUUUUGUUAAUAUUUUAGUUAUGUGUGGCUACAUCACAAUUCCAGAUAUAUGCAGUGGAAAACGUUCUGUCCAGGAUGAGAAAUGUGACCCACAACCUUCAAAAGUUCUUCACUUGAACUCUUUCAAAUCAACUGAAUGUCUUCUUCUAAGCCUACUUCGCAAAGAGCCUGACAAAAAACAGAAAGAAUGUGAAAUUUCCAGGAAGUCCUUUUCAGAAGAGCUAACUAUUAAAAAAGAAUGUGCAAAGAAAUUGCUGCAAUAUGAACUGACAUGUAAACAAGGCAGGGCUAAUCUAAUGGGAGGAAGUUGCCAAAAUCUUUCAGGUUUCAGGAAUGACCAAGAUCCACAUCCAAAAUUUAGGACAAGAUGUUACUCUUUGGAAAGAAUUGGAGAUACUGCCUCAAGUGUAUGUAAUAAAGGAGAAUCUGAUUCUCUCAGGCAAAGUGAUGUGAACACCAUCCUGGGCACAAGAAGUGGAAAACAAUCACUACCGUAUGAGCGUAAAGCUAAUUCUGUAUUGAAGCUUGGUUUCGAUAACACAUGUCAAAAACAAACUCAUGGUAUCAAGAGAGUGUCUGCCUCAACUCUUCAGGAUAAAGAGCUGUUUAAUGAAUACCCUGAGUCAAAGCAAAUACACAGGUCUCUGAGUUUACUUGGCAAGAGGAACUCUAAAAGUUGUGCUAGCAUUAAUAUACCAGUUGCUGAAAUCACAGUAAAGCCAAGGUCUCAACUUUGUGGGCAAGGAAAACCAAAUGCCUCUGGUAUGGCUUCUUCAGUGGACAUCAGGACUGAGGUUUCUGAUAUCACCAUCAAAAAGAGAGUCUGCAGAAGUACCACAGAACUCUCAGAAUACUCUUUCACUCAUUCUUAUAUGUUGACUGGCACGCAAAAUCUGCUUCAGCCUCAUUUAGAAAGGAUUGCUGUUGAAGCACUACAGAUAUGUUGUUUGUUGCUUCCACCACCAAAUCGUAGAAAGAUUCAGCUCCUAAUGCGUAUGAUCUCUCGGAUCAGUGAAAAUGUUGAUAUGCCACGACUGCAUGAUGCGAUGGGCACGCGUUCCUUGAUGAUACAGACUUUUUCUCGAUGUGUGCUAUGCUGUGCAGAAGAAGUAGAUCUUGAUGAGCUACUUUCUACACGAUUAGUUUCAUUUCUAAUGGACCAUCAACAAGAAAUAUUUAAAGUACCAACUUACCUGCAGGUUGCAGUGCGAGAUCACAUAGAAUACAUGAGGAUGGCUCAGUGCAAAUAUCCAAAGGAAGAGGUUUGUGCCAUAUUGCCAACGUAUUCAUACUGCAAACAAAUAACUCCUCAGGAGUUUGAAGAACAAAAGGUUUCAACCUCUCAAGCUGCAGUGGCAGAGCUCUUGGAGAACAUUAUCAAAGAUAAAAACUUGUCUGUGAAAGACAAAAAGAAAAAGUUAAAACAGUUUCAGAAGGAAUACCCUCUAAUCUACCAGCAUAGAUUUCCAACUACAGAAAACGAAGCAAUGCUAUUUGAGAACAAACCCACCAUCAAACAACCAAUGCUUAGCCUAAGAAAACCAAGAUUUCGUAGCCUAAGAUAUUAAUAUCACCACAUUGCCGCUGCUUUUUUACUUGAUGGACGUAUGUAUGAAUGAUUUACCAAAGGGCACUUGCUACAGAAAUUUGAUGGUGGCGCUGCAUGUAGAAGGAAGAAAUGUUUACAUGGACACUAUGUUGAAAGGUGCCAAAAUAAUUUUUUUUGUGCCAAUAACUUUUGAAUGACUGCUAAGAGAGAAAUAAAUAUUUAUCUGUUUACAAAUUAUGACAAUAUAUUGUGCUCAUAAAAAAAAAUGUGAAAAUAAGCCUGAAGCUAUUAGUAACCAAAAGUUUAUAUAUGGUUUUCGUAUGGGAAACUAAUGAUAUGCAUAUUGUUGUAACUUUUUUAUGUCUGUUCAGGAAUUCAUGCCUAUUAUUAUAGUUCGUGUAGGUUUUUAAACAUCUGUAUGUUGUGA